AUGAGAAACCGAAUAGAAGAAAAGUUCCUCGAGUUCUACGAGAGUUGGAUUUUCCAACUUGAGCAAUACCUUCAUCAACUUUUAAUUGCUCAUAACAAUAAAAACAACACUAUGAGUGAGAUUGAGCUUCGAGGUUUGAUCUCAAAGCUAACUACACAUCACAAAGCUUACUACACUGCUAAAUGGGCAGCUAUAGGAGAAGAUGUUUUAGCUUUAUUUGGACCGGUUUGGCUAAACCCGUUAGAGAAAGCUUGUUUUUGGUUAACCGGAUGGAAACCGUCAACGGCGUUUAGGAUGGUUGAGAGGCUGAGGAAAUCGACGGUGGUUCUUGUGGAGGCUCAAGUGAAGAAAUUGGAGGAGCUUAGAGUUAAGACAAGGUUCGAGGAAGAAAAGAUUGACAGAGAGAUGGAACGGUAUCAGGUUGCUAUGGCUGAUCGGAAGAUGGUGGAGCUCGCGAGGCUUGGAUGUCACGUGAAUAGUGGUGGCGGCGGAGGAGAGUCUAUGGUGGUCGUGGAGGCGGCGGUGAAGGGUUUGGCGAUGGGGCUUGAGAAAAUGGUGAAAGCGGCCGAUUGCGUGCGCCUGAAAACGCUUAAGGGUAUUUUGGACAUUUUAGCUCCGCCGCAAUGCGUUGAGUUUUUGGCAGAGACGACUGCGUUUCAGGUUCAGUUACGCCGGUGGGGAAACGAAAGACACAAUCAAUGA